AUGGGACGGUGUACCAUCCUCAAACCGAAACCACUGUGGACCGGAAAACAAAUCCUCAGUCUCGUCAUUCCGCGGGGUAUCAACAACAUUCACCGUGCACCAGAUCCCAAAUCAUCCAAUCUUGUCUUUGACGACGGUAUGAUGAUAGACAACGGCGAAAUCAUCUUUGGGAUUGUGAAGAAUGGAUACCGUCGGUGCUUCACAAGGUGGAUUGGUGCACGUCGUCGUCUUCAGAGAAAAGGGCCCCGAGGCAUUGGUAUUGGCGACACGAUUGCGGACAUGAAAACCAUGUCAUACAUCACCCAGACCAUUGCAGAGAGCAAGGCAAACGUCGCGAAGAUCAUCAUAGAGGAUCAUAUAGGAUCGUCUCAAAGCCAAGCCUGGCCUGACCAUUCGUGA